AGAGAGAGAGAGAGAGAGAGAGGAGAUACGGGGACACGGAGAGAGAGUGUGUGUGUAGGGGGGGAGAAUGAGAUAGAGAGAGACGGUGAGAGAGGAAGAGAGAGAGAGAGAGAGAGAGAUAGACAUGCACAGAGGAGGAGGAGGAGGGGGAGGCUCCUGAUACCAAGACACGGAAAAGCAGGGGAGGGAAAGAGAGAAAGAAAAAAAAGGGGGCUGGUGGAGGAAGAGGAGCGGGGAGUUUGGAGAAAAAAACGGGGAAUAACACUUUACAGAAAGCACACAGAGGAGAGGAAGGACAGUACCCGGCGCUUUGGACGUCCCCUCCUUUCUUCUCUCGGGCUGUCACAGCGGAUUGGACUCCGAAGGACCGACACCGCGUCCAGCCCAGACCCCAUGGGGUAACAGAUGUUUGGAGGAGAGGCUUUUGUUCAGCUACACAGAUGAACAACAGGAAGGAGGACAUGGAGAUCUCGUCUCACUACCGUCAGCUCCUCAGAGAGCUCAACGAGCAGAGGCAGCACGGCAUCCUCUGUGACGCCUGUGUCAUCGUGGACGGAAAGAUCUUCAAAGCCCAUAAGAACGUCCUCCUGGGCUCCUCACGCUACUUCAAGACGCUUUACUGCCAGGUUAAAAAAGGGGCAGAGCCUCAUCACCAGACUACUGUCACUCACCUGGACAUCGUCACGGCGACAGGCUUCAAAGCCAUUCUGGACUUCAUGUACUCGGCGCACCUCGCCCUCACCAGUAAGAACGUGAUCGAGGUCAUGUCGGCCGCCAGCUACCUGCAGAUGACAGACAUUGUCCAGGCCUGCCACAGCUUCAUCAAGGCUGCGCUGGACAUCAGCAUCCGCUCUGAGAUGGCUGACGAACUGGCCGACUUUGAAAUGGGAGCCGUCGCCGCCGCCGGCCUCGGUGGAGGUGGAGCGGUUGGAGGCGGUGGAGGAGGAGUGGGUAUAGUGGGAGCAGGGGGUGUUGCGGGAGCAGGUUUAGGAGGUGGUGGAGGGGGGAUAGUGGGCAUGGCUUCUGAAGCCCUGGCCUCCAUCAUGUCUGGUCGCAGCACCUCCCCUUGGCUGGCGCGCCGCACCAGCCCGGCCAACUCCUCUGGGGACUCAGCCAUCGCCAGCUGCCAUGAGGGAGGCAGCACGUAUGGAAAGGAGGACCAAGAACCCCAGAGCCAUGAGAGCCAGGAGGAGGCCUGCCACGACUCCCAGCCCGCCUGGCCACAUGACUAUAGGCCUGUCACUGUCAAAGAAGAACAGGUGUCCCCUGCUUCCUCCUCUCAUCCCCGGGACACUCCUAGAGGGGCAGCCCAGAGCCAGGGGGAGCAAGGGGCUGGGGGUGCUGGUGGAGGUGGUGAAGGGCCCUGGCAACCCCUGUCAGGGUCGGGGCGAAGGAAGAACAGGAAGAAUAAGGACACAGUCAGACAUAUUACCCAGCAGGCUGAGAGGAACUGGGACCGAGAGCGGGACAGGGAGAGAGACAGGGACAGUAGGCCUGGAUCCCCUCUGCCCUCCAUGCUGGCUGUAGCUGGAUGGAACUACAAUGGGCAGGACAUCCCAGGGGCAGACGUGACCGAACCCAACAGCUCAGACAGCCGUGGCGAGCGCCUCGACUUCUUCCUCAAACAGGAAGAGGCCCUCACCACAGAGCCUGGCUUCCUGGGCACGAACGAAUCGGAGGAGGGUGGCGGAGGAGCCGGGGGCGGAACGAUCUCGUCUGUAGCCAAUCUGAAGGCAGCACUGAUGAGUAAGAACAGCCUGCUGUCACUGCGGGCUGAGAUGAUGGGAGAUGAUAACCCCUUGCUGUAUGAGUACCUGCCCAAAGGAGGACACUCCCUGUCUUGGCUCCGCUCCAACAACUACUGCAGCACGCUCCGGCCAGGGGCCACGGGGGCCACUAUUCAUAACAAACAGGGGGCUGGCUCCUCUCCUCCUCCUCCUCUUCCUCUUCUUCCUCCUCAUCUUCCACCAUCUUCACCACCACUACCGCCAUCAUCAUCCUCAUCAACAUCAGCAUACUGCCCACCCACUCCACCCACGCCACUGCACCCCUCUGAGCCUCGGCCCCUGGAGGCCCCCGGUCUGCGGGCUGGGGCACCCCUGCUACGCUCUGAAGGCUUGGACAUGGAAGUGGAAGAGGCCCCUGAGGGCCCCAAGCCCUCCACCUUGCCUGAGGAAGGCAUAAGAGACAAAGAAGAUGUGAAAGAAUACAGCACAGCCUUGGAAGGUGACCAGUCUCCUGUCGAGAGGGAUCAGAUGGGCGAGGGGAGCUGUGCUGGUGGCUUGACUGUGCCUGCGUCAGUAUCCAUGGCUGGCAGAGGGACUAAAGGGCCGCUGGUGUUAAUGAAUGACUUCACGGUGAUCCGUAAAAAGUUCAAGUGCCCCUACUGCAGCUUCUCUGCUAUGCACCAGUGCAUCCUAAAGAGGCACAUGCGCUCCCACACUGGCGAGAGGCCCUACCCCUGUGAAAUCUGUGGCAAGAAGUUCACCAGAAGAGAGCACAUGAAGAGACACACACUGGUCCACAGCAAAGACAAGAAGUAUGUGUGUAAAGUGUGCAGCCGAGUCUUCAUGUCAGCAGCCAGCGUUGGAAUCAAACAUGGCUCCCGUCGCCAUGGCGUCUGUGCCGACUGUUCCGGUCGGGGCAUGGCUGCCCUGCUGGACCACAACGGGGAAGUGGGCGGAGACAUCUCACCAGAGGAGGAGCUGUAUCCCGGCGAUCGUUUCCACGAUGACCAGGCGGAGUGCGACGGCGACGGAGAGGGGGAGGAGGAGAUGAUGGUGGAAGGGGACGGGGAGAUGUUGGGAGAAGGGGAGGAGGAAGGAGGGAAGUGGAAGGACUCAGGGAUGACCGCUGAGGCGCACGGAGCACUGGACAAUGAGAAGGAGGAGAGUGACUCCUCGGCACAGGAGGGGGAGCAGCAGAACGGCAGCGAGAGGGACUUCGCCUGGAUCUCAUAGAAUCUGUCCAGCUCCUGUUAGUGGCUCAUCAUCAAUCUCUGAAGAUCUCUUGUGAUCUCUCAGGCAGAAUCCUCUGCUCUCUUUACCCAUUCGUCCCUCUGUGGACAGGCCUUCCUUUGAAUGGAAAUGCUGUAGGGUGAUGCGCGACAAUGAUCUAAUUCCAUUCUGAGUGACACUCAAAUACACGCACACGCAGACACACACACUGACACACACACUUCCGCUAUUCUAAACCUUGACUGCCAUAGUAGAAGAAGAGUGAUCAAGAGAUGGCUUAAGUGCAAGGCUUUUUCUGCUUACCUCCUUUACUUCUGAUGCAGUGUUUUUUGUGUUUCUUUUUCUUGAGGGUUCAGGCUAGAGUCCAGUAGUUUUCUACUCUGUCACAACAGGAAUCAACGAGGACGCUGCCAAGGACACGCCCAACGCUAGACUGCAACUUUGUAUGUUUGCCAUCACAAUCACCAUGGAAACCAAGGAUCACUGACAGUGUAGGGGAAUAGUCACGAGGACGAGAGUCUUGGUCGUUCCUCCUCGUCUGUAAUGUUUUCUGGAGAAAGUGUCUCUCUAUGAGUGAAGGGAGAGUCUAAAUCUAUUGCAAAGCUAUAUGUGUCAGAGGACCGGGCAGCCCGAUGGCACAUUGUUGAUGCAGAGUCCUACUGCCACAGACUUGCACUUUAAUGACAACUGACUUCUAUCAAAGCCCUGAACCCGUGGUUUACAUUUUUGAUCUGAUCUUUACUUACCUAAACAACUCGGUGACCGCACCUACCUUUAAGGAUAUACUUUAUGUCCUCUUGACUGUUAUCACGAUAUAGAAAUCACUGAAUCUUUGUGCAGAUUGCUGUUUAUAGAGCCUAUGCCUUUCAGUGUGGUCCUUAAUCUUUUCUUCGCUUAAGUUUACCACCUGGUUUCUAUCGAUCCAUUCCAACAAAUACUGGAGAUGUACAUACGAUUUUUGGAAUUUGAAAAAAAGGGGAAUGAAAGCUGUGCAAGACGGAGAGAGACAGAGAGACUGAAAGUCAGUGUAUGUGUGAGUUUUAACCGUCUUUAUACACAUCGGUUUCUGCUUCCCUGUUUGGAAAAUCAACUCAAGCACACAAUGGAUCCACAUGAGCUACACUAAUAACUCUUUCUGUCUCUCUCGCUGUCUCUGGUACAGUUUCUCUCACACUGGAGGUUGCGAAUAAUAGGACCUGAGAGCCAAGUCUCUCACACCUAAGGAUGAGCUGCCUUUGUUUUAAAACAGUUUAUUUUGUUCUUUUUCUUAGUCAUGUAAUUCCAGUUUCUGGAUACAGAAUAUGCAGACUCUUUCCAUGGUUAAUCUUUGUUUUGGCGAUAUGCUUUCUCUGGCUUUGUAAGGUUAAAAGAAGAGGAUCAAAAUUGUGCUUGAAGUUCAGAGUUUGAUAUUUGUAGAGAGUGUAAUAUUAAUUUGUUUUGUUUAACAGCUAUUUAUUGAAAAACCUGUUUGUGGAUUCCUGAUUUUCUGAAAAAGUCAUUCCCUCCUCUCUGUGUGUGUGUUUUGGCUGGAACAGGAUGGGUGUUUGUACAGUAUGCAAGAAUGAGUGUCCAGUGUCCAAAAAUAGUCUAUAUUGAUUUUCUUAAGAUUAUUUCCAUGCUUUCGGCAAAGUUAUUGACAAUUCAAGAGAGGCAGAUGACAUGUCUUAUUAUUAUGAAUAUCAGAACUAUGAUUACUGUUGUUGAUGUUACUAUUAUUAAUUAUUAUUAAGUGCUGGAUGCUAAGCUUUAUUGUGUUUUCUUUUUUUGAUAUUUUCUAUCUUGUAUAAGAAAAAAAAAGCUUUUAUACUUUGCCUUGUUGUGGACAGCAAGCCAUGGGGCUUUUAUCAACCUUUUAUUGUGCCAGUUUACGCUUUUUCUGUCGUAUUUGCUUUUUUUUUUUUUUUACCAAGGGGGAAAAACACAUUCACUGUCAAAACUUCUCUGUUAGAUAUUUGAUUGAAACAUAUAUUCAGCACACGCUUUUGCAUCACUAAUGUACACUAAUUGAUUAAUAUCAAACCAAAAACAAUCUUGUACUUUGUAUACAUGAAGUGCUUUUGUUUCACAGUCUGUGUGUGCAGGUGCUUUUUUGGAUUUAUUGUUGUGGUAAACGGUUUUGUUGUUGGGUUGUUUUUAUUUUUUGGACCCGUCACUAUGUGUCACAGUUUGAAAAAGUGCACAUGUUAUGGUAUUAUUGUGAAUAUGAAGGGCUGUGUGAAAGGACCAGCUAGCUUUUUUGAAGACUGCAUCCUAAAACCAAGCUUCUUUUUUUUCUUUUUUUUGUUCUGGUUUCUACUGUCUCGCGCCUCAAAUGGCACACAAUCAAGCAGUAAUGCAGCGUGCAGACCAAACACUCGACUCAGAUAGCGGAGUGUUCGGUCCACACGCUGUGUUUCUACAUGCUGGUGUUUUACUGGCUCGACUCUCGUUCAUUUGCGUAAAGGGGAAAAGCGAGUGCUGCAGUAGUAACUCUGGGAAACAUUUUGUUGCCAGUGCUGGUCGCACACAUCAGGCCUCUCUGCUACAGGUGCCAUGGACUGCACUUCCCAUCAACCCCUGCUGAGAAACUCUCAGUCCAGUGCGACUCGUGAUGCUUUCUUCGUGUCUGGCAACUGUCAGUUAUUUUGUUUGUGUUAUUUAUUGUGUUUUUCUUUGACCCAUUUAUCAAGUAGUUUUUUGGGGUGUAGAAAGAAAAUAUAAGAAAGACAAUGGGGUAGAAAUUUUUAUGAAUGUCAAUGGUGGGUGUGGAAGGAACCCAUGAUCAGUGACAAAUCUCUGUCCCGUGGCGCUUGUUGCGACCACUGAGAGACAUCUGGAUGUAUGCGUGACUCCCCCCGGCCCUGCGCUCUUCUCACGACCUGUACUGUACGUCUUCUUCCUCAUUCUGGGUUGUACUUCAGGAAAAUGUCUGCCAUCAACCCCUCAAUAUGUGCCUCAAUGACAUUUCACCUGUGUGCUUGUGAGAGUGCUUGUUUCCACGAGAUGACUGAAUAUUUGUAUCAGUGGAUAGAGAUUACCGAGAUGAUCAGAUUGGAGGUGCGAAAUGUGUCCUUUUUUUUGUUUGUUUCGAGGAUAAAACCUUCAAAGAGACAAAUCAUGAUGGGCGACCAGAUUCUCCUUCCCACCGUGUGUUGAUGACCUUUUGUGCCCUGAUUCUUGUGGUCUUAACUGCAUGCCUGUGUUCAUUUUGUCAUACCAAAGCGACAUCUUCGGCAUCUGCACACAACUGUCUCAUUCCACACGAUGCAAAACUGGAACUGUUUGCUCUAUUGCAGAUGAAUAUGGGUAUUCUUAGACGUGUACAAAUUGCAAUCCUCAUUUAGCCUGUAUAGCUUGAUUCACACGUGCAAAUCAUGAAGCCAUAGAUAUGGGUAUAUCUAUAUUAUACUAUAUUUCAAAAUUGGCGCUUUUUACUUUAGAUUUUGUUCUUCUACUAAGAGUGAUGUGUGUAUACCUUCAUAUAUAUGAAUUUAUAUUACUAUUAUAUAUUAUUUAUUUUCUCUCUCAAGUUUCGGAGGGUCUUUAAUUUGUAAAAGGUCGCACUUGAAGCUUGAGGUUUGUUUAUUUUCAUUGGGAAUAUUGUUCAAUAUGAUACUGACUUUAUAUUGAUUAUUAUCAUAAUCCUGUGUUUGUAACAAAAUGUGCUAAAUAAUCAAAAAAACCUGUCCUGUUUUUACACCUGUUUUGUUUUGGGCAGAUUUAAGUGCUCUUGUGCAGAUAUUUUUUCGGUUGAUAGUACUGAUCACAAAACAUUUUUACAGUCAACCAUGAGCCUCCUGUUUUGAUGUUGGGACAGGCCCCACCAGCCGUCCAAGCCUCUUUCUAACUUCAUGUUUAGUGGAAGAAUUAGCUUGACUAUUAUUUGCAAAAACCAAUCAGUCUCAAUAAAUUUUGAAAUUGCUGCUGUAAAGAAGUGAACAA